ACCCCACCCCACCCCCAUUCUCUCUCCCUCUCUCUCUACAAUCUCUCUAAUUCAUCGUCAACGACAAUGAACAGUGGACCAGGACUCUUUUCCGAUAUCGGCAAGAAAGCCAAAGAUCUGCUUACCAGAGACUACAUAUCGGAUCAGAAGUUCUCGCUUUCGACCAGCACCGCUAACGGACUAGCCCUUACAUCGAGUGCAACAAAGAAAGGUGGUCUGUCAUCUGGAGAUGUGGGAGCAGUGUACAAAUAUAAGAACACUUUAGUUGACGUCAAACUAGACACAGAUUCAAAUCAGAUCGCUACCACAUUCACAGUCACUGAUAUUGUGCCUUCAACAAAAACUAUUGCCUCGAUCAAGUUCCCGGAUCUCAAAUCUGGAAAGCUUGAAGUUCAAUACUCUCAUUACCAUGCUUCUCUGACAUCAGCAGUAGCCUUGAGCCAGACCCCAACAGUCGAUGUUUCAGCUACCAUUGGUACGCCAACAUUUGUUAUUGGUGCAGAGGCAGGUUAUGAGACCUCGUCCGGCAAUUUAACCAAAUACACUGCCGGCAUCAGUGUCAAUAAACCAGAUUCUAGUGCUUCUAUAGUCUUGGGUGACAAAGGAGAUACGAUAAGGGCAUCAUAUAUACACCAUCUGGAUGCAUCAAAAAAGAGUGGUGUUGUUGGUGAGAUCACCAGAAGGUUCUCAACGAAUGAGAACACUUUCACAGUUGGAGGAUCAUAUGCAGUUGACAGUCUCACUAUGGUCAAAGCUAAGCUCAACAACCACGGGAAGCUUGCUGCAGUGUUGCAACAUGAGAUCAUUCCCAAGUCACUUGUGACCAUGUCUAGUGAGUUUGACACCAGAACCUUGGACAGAACCCCCAAAUUCGGUUUGGCUCUUGCACUCAAACCUUGAGCACUUGUGGGAUAAUAUGGCUUGUUGAUUCUUUUGAAGGUUUUUCACGAAUAGAUAGUCCUAUGAAGGGAGCAUUUAAUCAAUAAGUAGUCCCUCAGGAUACAUUACUGGGUCUUCCCGGUGAACUACUUUAACACUGAGGUCUUUCUAUCAUCUAUUCUUUAAGACAUUCUUCUGAUUUCCGUUCAGAAAUGUGUAAAAUCAUAUUUCGUUGUCUGGAGCGCGAGCAUGGCUUCGUUUUUGCUAA